AACACACUCGUCUUUCGAUAGGCUAUGGAAGAGGUCAUCCGGAACAUAUCUUUGAAGAUCUUGUUCAUUUCACCUCAAAGAACCCGAUUGUUGAGGCAGCCCCCAAUUGCCUUUCUCUCGAUACCCAAACAAUCGCCAUGCACAAAACCGGAUUUAGAUGCAGCAAGGCUAUCGCGUCCGUGAAAACGGAAAGAAUUUGUCUUCGGCAGCACCAGUUUCUGGUCAAUGGUGGCACAGGGCGCUUAUUUCCGUGUUGGUUCUGUAUCAUGAGCUCUCGAUUGUAUACGCUUUCCUGCUUUUCGGUUGUCCUGAGCAUCCACUCUCCGUUAUUGGAUCACCCAUGCUUUUCUCUCAUUACUGAUAUCGACAAUCGACAAAAACCAGGAUCACCAUUCCAGGUGAAACUAGGAUAGCGAGGCGUGGCGCUACAUCCGAUCGUCGGUUUCUUUUCACUAAGACUGCUAUUUCCACCCAACACUGACCAAAGCAGAUGACUCAAAUCUGUCCCUUUCUUCUCUUCCACUGAAAUGUUCUCAUCUAACGCGCUUUUAUCCAUUUUAUAAUGACUGGGUAUAUUUUGUGAUUACAGCACGAAAAUAUCGAUAUAUCGGCCAUAUGCGUCGCUUCUUGUGCCGCCACACUCUGUACAAACGAUGCCAUCAUGGCCCCAAGGCAAGGCUGUGCCGUUUUCAACGUCACUAUGCAUUGCUACGUUGUCGACUCUAAAUAGAAAUACUCUCACCGGAUUGAAUGACCACACCUUAUGCGAUCGUCCUCUUCAUCGUGGCGUCUUGCUCUGCUCUACCAAUGUCAUCCAUCUACGGCAUCAAGAGGAAAAUAGAGCCAAGCGCAACUUAUUUUGAGAUAACAUACCAAGACUGACCGACAUAGCACGUCACUCAUCUCCAUCUUUUAUGUAGGCUGACCACCCUCCCUCAGUCUGAGAGAGAACAUCUACCAGUCGAAACAUAUAAAUAUCAUUCAUAUCAAGCCAUGUAACAUGCCGCGUAAAAGCCAACAACGAUCGCUUCCUUACGCCCAGAUUUCAUAUUCCAACGACAGAAGCUACUGCAGACAUGGGCAACCCCGAGAUGCCACCCCGCACUCGCUCUGACCUGAUCUCAGAAAAUCGCUUAGGAUCUGGAACACCAUCCCGUGCGGACCUUCUGAUAUCAUUAAUCAACAAUCGACAGUUUAUUACCGAUAACUUCACGAGUGCAAACUUUGCAGAAGUCGACGUACGCCCUCGUUUCCAAAGACUACGUUAUAUCAGAGCAACGUUUGUUAUACACUUAGUUAAAGGUGUAGAACGUGCUUGGGACGACUUGCAGAACGAUGUCACCUCUGGAAGAGUACAGCACACGGGCGAAAGUACUGUAGAGAGGUUCAACAGUCUAAUCCUCGAUAUCGACCAAGCUUUAAAAUGGGACAGCGAGAACAGAGCAGAUGACUCUCAGGCAGCCGAAGCUGAUGUUCCGGAUUCAUAUUUCAUGGAUAAAGUAGUAAGACGAUACAUGAGCAAAAUCGGCACGAACAUAUGCGCACCAAACGCUGAGCCAAACACGUUCUAUGGUAAGAUUGGAGACCCAAUUUCACCUGAUUUCUCGACGAUCCGCGGAAGCCCAAGCGACCCAGUGCGUCGAGUUAUACUGGACAAACUGACUGUUCCAUUCUACCACUACGUUCUAUGGCCACUUGAAAAAUCGUACGCAUGGCUGCUUGGCCGCGAACAACCAGUCUGGAGCGCUCAAUUAGAAGGCCGGACGCUUGAUGUUCUUGUCGCUACCCUAACAACGUUGAUUUCUGCUAGCUGCCUUGCUGGAUCUGUUGGGCUAUUGUACAAGCUACAGUCGAAACCUGGUCCAGAUCGAAUAGUUGCAGCCUUCUUUGCAAGUGUGGUGUGCGCAAUACCGGCUGCUUUCCUUGGUGAAAUGAUGGGGAAGGUUUCUGUGUUGCUUGCUGGGAUUUGGGCGGUUUUGACUGUCAUCGUCUUUUAUUCCGAUCAAAAUGCUGUCGUGAGGCCUGGAUCAGUAAUACCAUUCAACGUAUGAGGAGGAAGUUUGAUUAGAGUUUAAUCUUUGGAGUAGCCCUAUCAUUUUAUUGGUAAACAUUCUUGAAAGAUCCGAGAUUACAAGGUUCAAGGUUCAUUCAAAUCACGUUCCAGUUGCAGUCACUGUCCCCAAAUGUAUUCAGCUUCUCACCACUCAGAGCUCGAAGAAACAUUCUUCAACUGAGCUUCAAUACAGCAUAUCAGGCACUCAUAUAACCCGUCGUAUGGAUUCAACAUAUCAGGUCAACACAGACGCGCUUGGGGUGGAGCAAGAAGUUACUCCCACGCACGCGCGGGCCCAUGAGCUAUCAAUCGAUCUCGACCCUCCUGGAAUUAUUAUCUCUAUUAAAGCCCAAAUGAGUACGAUGAGCCCCGUGAUUAAUCAUAUUCGACUAUCUAGACUCGGAUCAGCCACGCCUAUCCGUCUUUGUCCUUUUACCAUAUCCUUCGACCGGGGCCUGCAGACUACAAGCAGCAUACAGCGUAAUUGCCACCACCCCCAAAAAAACGGCGGUGAAGUGCCCC